GGUAGGAGCGCGGCUGUAGGAGCGCGGCGGUAGCCCCAGGGGGUUCCCGUCCCUCACCUGCCAGGGCGGCGGGGCGAACAGCUUGGUGGAGUAUGACUCCACCAGACGGGGCAGACGGCAACCUCUUACCUCAAUCACCGGGGUCGCGGAGCGGGGCGAGCCGUGAGGUUUGUUCGAGGGGCACGGGAGGCUCCCCAGCGCUCAGGACGCCCUGUGUGGAAGGCGUUGGUUUGAUGACACACCAGGAACAACAAAAAUGGCCAACCAAGAAGAAGCAGAGAUACAAAUUUCGGAGUUAGAUUUACUGUCUAGCAUGUUUCCUUAUGAAGAAGAGUUUACUGUCACAGACCAACUGGCUCUUGCUGAACUGAAACACCAUGUUGAAAAUGAGUCUGCAGAGGUGCCAUCUUCAAAAGUUCAGUUUAUACUGAACAUAAAGACAGAGGUGCCUAAUGCCUCUACGGUGGAAUUCUCUAUGGCCUGUGCUUUACCAUUUAAAUAUCCAACUGUUCUCCCAGAAAUUACUGUGAGGUCAUCGUUAUUAAGCCGCUCUCAGCAGAUUCUCCUGAACUCUGAUCUAAAAACAUACUUGAUGCAAAACUUCAGUGGCGAGCCCUGCAUACUGAGUGCGAGAGAAUGGGUUAAAGACCACGCAGCUGCUUACAUUGAUAAAGAUCUUUCAUCCUUCUCAAUGGCAGCCUCAGAUGCCGAAAAGUCAGAAGUCACCACAUUCACUCGAUUGUGGAUCUACAGUCAUCACAUUUACAACAAGCAAAAAAGAAAGAGUAUUAUUGACUGGGCCAGGGAGCUCUCUCUGUCAGGGUUUUGCAUGCCAGGGAAACCAGGUGUUGUUUGUGUAGAAGGUUUACAAAGUAGUUGUGCAGAGUUCUGGUCAAGGAUAAGAAGAUUAACAUGGAAAAGAAUCCUUAUUCGGCACAGAGAAGAUGUUUCUUUGGAAGGUGGAGGACAUGCUGAGAUCCAGAAGCAACGAAAGUUCCCCACUUUGGAAGAAAAAUGUUUUGAUUCACAUGGUGCCCAGGGAAAUCAUAUGGACUUGGGGCAACUGUAUAAGUUUUUAGAAGAAAAAGGAUGUGCUGACAUAUUUCAAAUGUACUUUGGGGUUGAAGGGCAUUCAAGGGGUUGAAGAUCAGCAGAGGCCCCAGCAGCUACAUUUUUAAUUUAACAGAUUCGUUAGCUUUUUUGCAACAAUUGAUCAGAGAGGGAAUUAAUAAUUCAUGUUUCAUGUGAUGAAUCCAGUUUUCAAUAUAAACAAAUUGCCAGUGAAAUCCUGAAUAAUGAAAAUUAAUGCUUUGUGCACUUUCUGGUGUUAAAGAGAUUUAGGGUACAUACCUACCUAAAAUGAAAGAAAAUGUGUUUGAUAACCUACUGGACCGUUACAGAAUUGGAGAUGGAUGAACAGAUGGAAUAUGGUGAAUGAAUAUACAAAUAAGAAAAGACAAAAUUGCAGUGUGUGUAUCUCAGGAGUGAGAACAUGAUGUUUACAUUAAUUGUUACUGUUUACGUACACUUCAUGAAAACUUGUCUUCUAAACAAUCUUCUGCUUUCAACCUGAAAGUUUAGUAAGCCAUAAGAUCAUUAUUUUAUUUUUAAAAAGAACAAAGGGAGGGAGCAAGUUUGCAAGAGUCUUACUCAUGCUACCAAGAUGAGCUAGGAUUCCUACUCUAAGGCAUAAGAAUUUUCUGUAGGUAAGUGUGUGUGGCAGGUAAGAUAAGAUACCAUGGUGUCUCCACUACAUCUGUUCUUUUUGUUUGUGUAAAAUCAGCAAGGUACCAGGGAUCGGGUUCCCUUAUAGCAUGCUCAAAAACUCUGAAACGAUCCUCAGCCUGAGUUCCCAAGUUUUCAAUCCUGUAAUAUGAAGUGCAUUAUGUUGCAUGUAUUUUUGAGUGGGAUUUCAACAAAGUUGUAUCAAUGAAUGCUAAUUUUGUAGAUACUGUAUCUAAAUCUCAUGGUAGAAAAAGCAGACAUUGGUCUUUUGAUUAAAUAUUUUUAUAAAAUAUUGAUUAAACGUUUCUGUACACAUCCAGUAAAA